CUCAUGUUCCUGAAGGAUGGUUUGUCCUAGGUCUGGCUGUAAGAGCGGUGUGUCGGGCCCAGUUGUAGCCACUUUGGCCCCAGGCCAGGGAGCCAGGGGGAGGGGACGAGCGCGCCGCAGUUUUGCUGCGUGCAGCCUGGCGCGCACCGGCAGCUGGCAGAGAUGCCUGGGGCGGACGACAUUAGCCUUGCGUCCAUCGCCAGCAGCAUUGAGGCCUGCGAGGAGCAGGAUGCGGGGGAAGAGGAGAAGAUGGACGUCGAGUGUGCGGACAACGUAGCCACGGAACAAGUUGUCACGCUGGAGGAGAAGAUGGAUGUCGAGUACGAGCCCAACGAGGGCGAGAUCCGCGAGUACGCGGAGUGGCUGGGCAUGGACGUCGAGGAGGACCAGCACCUGUUCUGGAUCGCGCGCAAGGGGCUGAAGACCGCCCUGCCGAAGCCGUGGAAGCCCUGCGAGUCCAGCGACGGCGAUGGAUUCUACUUCAACCCCGACACUGGUGAGAGCAAGUGGGACCACCCUUGCGACCACGAGUUGCGCGAGCUCUACAGGACCGAGAAGGAGAAAGCGAAGCACCCGGACGCCCCCGCAACCUCCUCGGCCAGCCUCCCACGGCCAGACACGGCGCAGCCAGCGACAGAGCCAGCGGAGACACCCAGCAGCGCAGCUUCCGCGGCCACCAGCAAGCCGCCGCUGCUCACCCCGCGGUCCAGCGGCAAGCCACCACUGCUCACCCCGCUCGGCGGCGGCGGCGGCGCCGCGGGACUGCCUGCCCUGAGCCUGCUGCCCCCGCUGUCUAUGCAGCGCAGCUCCUCGAAGAACCAGUUGGACCAGCCACUCGAGCUUCCGCUGCCAGACAACAGCCCCACUGGCUCGCAGGCGAGCUCCGAGGCCGCCGCGCUGCUCCACCUGCUCGAGGGCAUCCCCGACUGGCCCGACGCCGACGCGCAGCAGCCGCCGUCGGCACCCACUGCGACUCCUGCCGCCCCCGUCGCUGCGGCCGCCCCCACGGGCGCCGAAGCGUGGGAACAGCAGCAGGCGAAGCCGGCGGCGACGGACGUGGUGCCACCGCCCCCCGCCCUGCUGGCAGCCCCGGCCGCCGCGCCGGCGGCGCAGCCCGCAGCCAGAGCCCCUGCCAGCCCAGGAAGCCCCGAGCCUGGGCGCGGCGUGCAGGGUGGCUCACCGUCCCCCGGGGGCUCAGACGCCGCGCCGAGUGGCCCGCCGGCGGCGGUGGCGCAGGACGGCGCGCUGGGCGGAGCCGGCCCUCAGGGCGCUUCUCCGCCGGCCGUCGAGCACGAUUGCGAUGCGACCACGAGCGUGGAGGCCACCGCGCUCAGCCCGCUCACGCCCACUGCUGGUGCUGUGGCGGCCACGCGGAGCCCCCGGCCACCCCUCCCAGAGGCUUUCCGGCAGGCCGCAGUGGCAUGCGCCGAGAAGCCUCCAGAUCUCGAGGAGGACCCGCUGAAGCUGCUCGAGCUCACAAGCCCGGAGACGCCUCAGCUGGUUUCGGUGCUCGCCGCGGAGCUGAAGCAGGAGAACUCGAAGGACAACCUCAGUCAGCUCUGGUCGCAGCUCGACGCUGGCGAGCCUCCAGCCGAUCAGAAGGCCAGCAGCCCGCGAACGGCGUCCGCAGCACCGGCCACUUAUUCGCUGGAGUUGUCGUCCCUCAGCGCAAUCGCAGAGCAGUCGCCCUCGCCGCGGCACUGCGCUGGCGACUCGCGACGUGCAGUCGUCGAACAGCCGCACGCAGGGCAUGGCUCGACGGCCAGCGGCCGCGACCGCGGCCACAUGGAGGCUGACGCCUCGAAGCCUCCGCUCGCGGGCCGGCUGGCGGCGUUGGCGUUAGCAGUCGGCGCAGGUGAGGACGGUGAGAAGCGAGCGGCGGCAGCGAGGGGAGAGGAGGCCGCGCUGGAGGGGACGCUCAAGCGCGGGGAGCUGGAUGCUCAAGGCCUGGGUGCGUCGGGCACGCUGCCCGAGGGCCUCGGCGCGGGGGCGGAGACGCUGCGGCAGCGCUGGGGCGGCAGCGGCGGCGACGGGGGGGCUGACGCCGCGCGCCUGGUCGAGCAGCUGCAGAAGCAGCUGGGCGUGCUGGCCGCUCGCGUGCAGGCCGUGGAGGGCACCCGGCUGGACGGGCCCGUCGCGAAGCCAAAGGUGCAGCUCGGCGAGCUGAAGGUGGGCGGGGCCCCAGUGGCAGCCGAGGACGUCGCCGAGGCCGCCGCGGCAUGCGCGGAGCGGCGCCUGCACGAGAGCGGCUUGGCGCUGCAGAGGGAGCGGGCCGAGCACUGUGCCACCAGGACGGCCUUGCGAGAGGCCCAGCGGGACGUCAUCCGGCUGCAGGGCGAGCUGAGGCACAAGGAGGUCGAGGCCGAGCACGCGGGGGUGGAGGCCCGCCGUGCGCACGCCGAGCUCGAGGGGCGCGAGGAGGAGCGGCGCAGGCUGCAGCUGCAGCUGCACGCCAAGGACUCUGAGCUCGCACAGCUGCGCGCCGAGCGCGCCACGCAGGCGCGCCUGGGCGAAGAAGGGGCGCAGCAGAAGCGCCUGGAGCUCCAGCAGCGCGAGCAGAUGCUCGCGGACUGGGAACGCUUCCUGCAGGAGAAGGAGCGCCUCGCUGCGGAGGCCGAGGUGCGCUUGCACAGCCGCGCGCGCGAGCUGCGUGCCAGCGAGCACCAGCUGGAGCUGGGCGGCUUGCGACGGGCACUGUCUGAGGCGGGCUGCGCAGGCCCCGAGGCGCCGCGGCGAGCGCGGGGCGCGCCGGCGACGUCUGGCUCGUGGGCGUCACCGCCCCCGCCAUCGUUCGCUGCAGCAUGCGGCGGCAAUACAGGCCGUGCCGGGGUCUGCAGUGCGGAGCAGCCGACCACCGCGCGGCGGCGCAGCAGGCUGACGUCGGACGCGAGCGGCUUGGGGGCACGGCGCGAAAGCUCCGCGCCUCCGGGUGCCGCGGCCGGCAGAGGUCAGGGCCCCGCUGCGGCAAGCAAGCGAAGCAACCCUGGGCCCGUGCAGGCGGCCGGCGACGCGCACGGUUCUGCCUCCUCGACGCUGUCGCUCCGCGACGAGCUGCUAGAGCUGGGCAGCGACGAGGAGGCGGCUGCGUGCCGGCCGCACGACGCGGCGUGUCAGACCUCCGCGGCAGCCGCCGCCCUCGAGCGGCUGGCGGACGCCGGCCCGCCAGCCGCCGCGCCCGAGAGCCCCGCCGCGGACCCCGCGAUCACGGAGGCCCUCCGCGCGCGGCGGCGCGAGCUGCGCCGCGAGGCCGCCGAGCUCGAGGACGAGCGCCACCGCUGGCGGAGCGACGUGCGCCGCGGCCGCCGAAGCGACGGCGCUGCGCCGCACCGGGGGCCCGCCGAGGGGCUCGCCGAGGCGCGCGCCGCCCUGGACGCGCGCGCGGCGUCGCUGAACGCGGCCAUCGCCGAGUACCGCAGCCUCGAGAGGCGGCUGCUGGGGACGCACCGCCGCGCCGACGCGGCGGCGGCCGCGCCGCCUCGCGCGGCGUCGCGGUGUUCUUCGGCCGCGCGCGUGGCGUCGGCGGGCCUGGACCUGGCGGCGGCGGGCCCGUGCAGCGGCCGCAGCCCCCGCGGGGCCCCGCGCGGCUCCAGGGGGCCCGGCUGCGCAGGCGGCGUCCAGACGCUCGUCCGCAGUGGCGCUCAGGUGUCGUCGUUCGGCGGAGCAUGACUGAGAGGCGCUCCCAGUGGCAGCAAGAGUAUCAGGUGGUGACGAUUAGGAGGUGGGGCAGCAGCAGAAGGGUGACAACGAUGCUUUGGUUGCUUGCGUCUGUGCGACGGCCGUUCUAGCUGAGCGCCCUGCUGCACGAUGGCGCCGUGGUGGUUUGGCCCUUUCUUACCAGCGGCGCAAGCCUUAUGAUGUUCCAACCUACUGUAGCCUUGAUCACCAGAAGGUGGGCUCUACAAGCGGAGGUUUGGGGAAGAUUGCGCCCAGCUUGCACGCCCAAUUCGCGCACGACGUCGGCUGCACGUAGGCCCUGGCAGUGUGCACGUAGUCCUGGCCGUUCGCUAAUUCGCUCGCCCCAGCCGCGGGCUCUUGCACGGCGCUGUCCGAGGGCGGCGCGGCGAGGGGGAGGAUGCCAUCUUCUCCUGCUCCGUCUCUCGCCUCCCCUGCCCCCACACAGAUACGAAUACUCCUCUGAUCUCUCCCGGGAGUCUG